CUCCUUCGUUCCCCCACCGAGGAUGGAGCAUCUGGAUCGCAGCGCGCCCCCGUGCCCACAGGCGGUCACCAGCGAGCGCGCAAUUGUUUGUCUUUGAAGUCACGGACGCGCGCGUAAACUGACAUCUCCCCUCGCGCUUCCCCGGAGACACCUUUCAGAUACGUUCGCGGGUGUUCCUUCGCGCUCCCGGUGUGGAUUAUGUGCGGGUGGACGGCGGGGACGGAGUGCGUCAAGUGAGCGCACGGAUCCAACAAGUGGAUGCGCGAGGUCGCUCGCAGCAAACAGACGCUGGGACUGAAAAGUCUGAAAACCGCCGAUGCGUUGAUGAGCUACAAAUCAGCGUACCGAUUAGUCGGCAUAUGUCUAACAUGUGCGCAUCGUCUCGGCCUGAGCUAGUUCUUUAAUCCGGUGAUUGCGUGUGGAGGUCGGGGCAUUUUGCAGGAGAAAGACACACGACUACGGCGAGGACGCAGGUGGCAACCAAAGGUCGCAGCCAUGCCGAUGCAUCCGGUCACCUCCACGCUGAUGUACCGGGGCAUCUGCACCAUCCCCGACAUCCUCUCCUACAGCGCCCCGGUGAACCUGCCCGAAGACGAAGUUGAAGAGAUCCGCGAGGCCUUUAAAGUCUUUGACCGUGAUGGGAAUGGGUUCAUCUCAAAGCAGGAGCUGGGAAUGGCCAUGCGCUCCCUGGGUUACAUGCCAAACGAGGUGGAGCUGGAAGUCAUCAUCCAGAGGCUGGACAUGGACGGCGACGGCCAGGUGGACUUUGAGGAGUUUGUCACUCUUCUGGGCCCAAAGCUGACGGCAGCUGGGUUGCCAGAUAAGUUCCACGGCACUGACUUUGACUCCGUUUUUUGGAAGUGUGACAUGCAGAAGUUAACGGUGGAAGAGCUGAAGAGGCUCCUCUACGACACCUUCUGUGAUCACCUUUCCAUGAAAGACAUCGAGAACAUCAUCAUGACGGAGGAGAACCACAUAGAGAACCCGGGGGAAUGCCAGGUGGACAUAGACACUUCCAGCCCGACGCAGCAUGUCAAGCAAACAUGCGUCCGCAAGAGCCUGAUAUGCGCCUUCGCCAUCGCUUUCAUCAUCAGCGUCAUGCUCAUCGCAGCCAAUCAGGUGCUGCGCAGCGGCAUGAAAUAGGAGCGCCGGCGCCUUCGGCCUGGACCGCCACCUGACAGGUGAAAAAGAAUUACAGAUAAAUGACUGAAGAGAUCAAACUACACAAAACAACAACAACAACAAAAGAAGAGCAACAACACAUUCAACAGACAAUCCGGAAUACGACUGCAGAAAAACUACAGGACACCACACGUGCAGGAAUUUGACUAAACAUAUCACUCUUCGUAAUACGACGUUUAGUGUCCAUUAGCAAUGUGCAUCGGCGCCGUGCUGCAUUCAGUGUGGUGGCAGCGAUAAAGAGAAGUGCAGUGACUGUCCAGCUCUGUGUCCGCCCGGCGUGCCGCGCAGAUGAUCAUGAACGAGGAAAUCAAGUAAACCAUUGUGGGGAGGAUUGAGGGAAAAUGUAUCCCCGAGGCUGCAAGGUGUUGUUGUGUGCGAGGUCUGGAGCUGCGUGCUGUUGCGUGGAUGGUUUUCGCUGGUUCACAGGCGGCGGCGCGAGCAUAGUGAAGCAGGUCAACGGCUCACAGGUUGGACGACGCUGUUGUGGUAACUGGCUGGACGUGCAGUAAACACUCUCUCUUUCUCUCUCCACCGCGGGCCUUUGUGGGCCUUCAGAGAAUGACCAUCAUCUAUGCAUGAAAUGCAUGGAUUUAGUCGUCUUGACACGUUUGUGAAAGUUCUUCUCAAUGUAUAAAUCAUUGUGACUGUGUAACAGCUGUUUUCAAUUCCUAAAUGACAACUGUGAGCAAUUGUGGGUUUGGUGUCGUGCAAUCGGCAAUUACAGCAAAAGCAACGCGUACGACUGCAUGAAAAACGAGGGCUGCUUUAGUAUAUGAUAAAAUAAAAUACAAUAAAAACUCAAGAGCAACCCAGGAGUAACUCAAGGGCAACCCAAGAGUAAUUCAAGAGCAACUCAAGGGCAACCCAAGGGUAACCCAAGAGUAACUCAAGAGCAAUCCAAGGGUAACUCAAGAGUAACUCAAGAGCAACCCAAGGGUCACCCAAGAGUAACUCAAGAGUAACUCAAGAGCAACCCAAGGGUAACCCAAGAGUAACUCAAGAGCAACCCAAGGGUAACCCAAGAGUAACUCAAGAGCAAUCCAAGGGUAACUCAAGAGCAACUCAAGAGAAACCCAAGAGCAACCCAAGAGUAACUCAAGAGGUACUCAAGAACAACCCAAGAACAACCCAAGAGUAACCCAAGAUAAACCCGCUUCAAGAUGUUUGUCUUUCCUCGUUUUUUUGUCUGGACGCGUUGCUAUGGAGCAAUAAAUGUGUGUUAAAAUAGUGUGUCUCCCAAUGCUUUGGACAGACAUGAAUCUUGAAAAAAACGUUAGUGGCGAGGGACCUGUAAACUGUUGAGGUCAAAAAGGUUUCUAAGUACCUUUUUCAAAUUGAGGUUUUUGCAAUGCGACGGAGACAUUGAGGACAUGGUCCCCUUGUUCAGUGAGAUGCAGACAGAUGAGUGAGGGCCGUGUGUUCCAGAAGCUUCCCAGUACAUUGAACUGUUGCAAUAAAACACGACUCUCUGAAAAGCACCGCCUGCAUUUGAUGAAGUAAAGUUGUGCAUGCAUCCGAGUCAUUAUCAAUGUGCAUUGUACAUAGAAAUCUACCAAAGCUUUAGGGGUGGGGGCUCAAUUGUACUCCUGAUCGGAUCAAUAGACCUUCAUCAGUAAAGAUACUUGAUACCUAAAACCAGGUAUAAAGUUUUAAAACCAAAUUUUUUACCAAGAUGAUUGGAAAAUAAAAGAAGAAGAUAAAUGCCCUUUAAAACAAGAGACUGCAAUAUGGAGAUGUAAAGACUUCACAUUGUAUGAAUAUCUGCUUUUGAGAUCUAUCGGCCGCUCCCUAAACUAACUAAAGGUCCAGAACCUUCCAGAGGCAACAAAAUGAAAUCGCCCAGAGCGAGACAACGAUUAUCCAAUUCGUGCAGGCAAUUCAUCAAAAGCGUCAACUCUUUGGGGAACGCACUCGAAACAAAAAGCCCAUUUAUCAACGGUUUCCAUUUAUGCACUUUAACAUGUGCUGCAGCGCACAACGGCAACUCACCGCCAUGAUUGUCCAUCCACUUCCUGUUACAGUUUGAGAAAUGACUUUACCAUAGAUGUCUAUUUUUGUGAUAAGGAUAUGAAGGAAUAGAGUAAUACAUGAUGGACAAUUAUACUGUCCUUAACUAUUAUAUGGGGAGUAAAACGAUCCUUACUCUUUGGGAGACUUGUGCAUAAGCGUUAAAUACAGCAAUCAUAUAACUAUGAUUUAUCACUAGAGCAAAGUGUACAAACCAAUUUAUUUUUACCGAUGAAUUCAAAAAUGUAUGAAAACAUGUUGAUAGUCUACUGAAUGUUCUAUUUCCAUUGUACUGUACUUUGAUACUUGUGUUUGGAUCCUGCAAAACAUGUUUAUUGAAUGUGAUACGUGUUUGUCGACUCCACCCGACGUUUUCUGUGGAAUGGUAAUUCACACGAAUAAAAUAACCAUUACGUGUCUGUGAAA